CCCUUUUUGAUUCAUUUCACUUUUUGGACCACUUAAAGGGGUCUGCGUUUGUUUUAGUAAAGAGGAAGUGUGAAAACAUCCUUAAAGUUGGGAUCAGGUUGGAGCGAUUCGACAUCAGCAUCUAAAAGUGUCUGUCUCUGUCUCUUGCGUGGUAGUUUUUAGAGGAAGAAGGCGUGACUACAGGCACACAACAAUAUUGAACUGCACCCAUGUCAGACUCGCAGCUCAAACUCAUUUCGAAUGCAUCGGACAUAAUAAUAAAGGAAACAACAAGUGCACGCUAUAACAAGUUUGUUGGAGAGAAGUUAUCUGAUGUUAGGCAGCAGAGGAAUAUGCAUUUUCUCUUUCAAUGCUGAAGAGCAACGCCUGUUCGACAACAACAAACUCAAGCCCGUGGACGUGAACUAGGAAACGGACGAUGCCUGUGUGUUAACCAUGACCGUCUGCUAGUUUUCCCGGACGGUUUCUUUUGGAUUAGUCUGUAAGUUCACCAAACGUGACAUACUGCAUCGAUUUAGUCGCCAAAAAGCAGCGCGUGGACGAGUCGGAAACUCGCGCGCCAUUGAAAACAAGUAAGCUCGGUUGGUGCUAUCAUACUUUGCUUAUUGGACACAAAGCUGUCAUAUUCCACCUAAAAUAAAAAUGAAACCACUCUUGGUAGUCAGACGUUUACAUUCAUGACGUGCAGACUUUCUAAACGUGGCGUUGAAGCUAAACGAUGUUUCUUUUGUCAGCGGUGCAUCCCUGCAUUUCCUGUUCAGCGCUUCAUCUGCUCCGGCUGUGUGCUAGCGAUAGCAGCUAAGGGCUUGGAAAGUGCAUGCGAUUUGUUUAAUCAUUUUUAUGUUAUGUACAAACUCCAUGUAGCAUUGAGAACGUGUUUAAAGAGCACGAGGGCAACUGCGGAUGUUUGCACGAGCCCCGCGCGUGUCUGUAAAACUUCGGCCUCGCGACUCUUUGUGCUAUUGUUGAUGUCCACGGUGUGGUGGGCCACGAUGACACUUUUAAGUGUUUUAUUCAUGGGAAAUGUGCACAGUCCUUAUUUGAAGCAUGCAUAAUGUUCAAAUCAUACCCACAAGCCCUUUCAAGUGAUUAUUUUUGAUAAAGUGAGGCAUGCGAGGUUUGGUGGCGCUCCUUUGUUAUUGCUUUGUCUGUGUGAAAGCACAUGGCCCUCCACGCUUUUGUUGUUGAAGUUACAGCUCCCCCUCUUUGUGGCAAAUCAACCCAGUCUUUCCAUUAAACACGGUUUACGCUUCCAGUUUAGUUCCGACAAUCUGAGGCUGUUAGACACAAGUGCCUCUUGCACUACUGGUCUCCCCACCCCAGGCAGGUGUGACUCGUUUGUACGACGUCACAAAUGCGACCAUGGGAAGUAGCAGUGAGUAGGCGGCAAUCAACAGCCCCCUUAAACCAGAGGAGGGUCGUCGGGGAGCCUUGCAUCACCCCUCUGCACCUCAGGAGAAGUCCUCCAGUACGACGUCAGUGGGGACAGCGGGAUAGACCUACUGUGCACACUUCCCUACAUCAGGAUGAGAACUUCCACCACCCUGUCUUCUCCCAGCAUCAGCAGAUUCAUUUAGAUGAGUCCAGGCAUUAUAGCCACACCAGUGCACCUCCACGCAUGCUGCAUACUUCCACACAACCCCCCCAACAGAGCUCCAUCAUGGUGGAUCUUCACGAACAGAUGCAUCAAGGAUCAGUUCCGAUAUCUUACACAGUUACCACGGUGACGACCCAUGGUUUUCCCAUCCACACCGGGCAACCUAUCCCAGCCUGCAAUGCUCAGCAGCUCCCAGCAUGCUCGGUAAUGUUCAGCGGACAGCUCUCUCUGCUCUGCUGCCUUCCUCCUCCACUCAUUCAGGCCUGCACCAUGCAGCACCUGCCUGUGUCCUAUCAGGCAUUUCCACCAUUGAUCUCCAGUGAGCAUUUUAUCCUGCACCCCAGUCCACCAGUGCCACCCCACCAGCCUCCUCAUCUGCCUCCACUCAACCAGUUUGUCCCCAUACAGCCCCAGCACCCGCGCAUGCCUCUGCAGAGGGUGGAGAAUGAAGUGGAUCUGCGAGGAGACCAGCAUCCGUUAGGAACAUUCUCUUAUCCUCCGGCCCACCAUCCACCAGCAAUGACCCCCUCCGUCCCCCUCCAGUACCUCCCCCAGGAGCCCCUCCAUCAAGAGCUACCCUACGGAGUGCCAUAUCCGCACAUGCUGCCAAGGCGUAUAACUGGACAGAGGUACCGAUUACAGCAGCAUCUGCCUCCCCCGCCCCCUCUGCCGCCCUACUACCCCGGCUUCUUACCAUACUUCCUCUCGAUGCUUCCUGUGCCUCCAACUGCUGUGGGUCCUGCUAUCAGUCUGGACUUGGAUGUAGAUGAUGUGGAGAUGGAGAACUAUGAGGCGUUAUUAAACCUUGCUGAGAGACUCGGAGAAGCGAAACCCCGAGGACUAACGAAAGCUGAUAUAGAGCAACUUCCGUCCUACAGGUUCAAUUUAGAAAACCACCAAUCUGAGCAAACUCUGUGUGUUGUAUGCUUUAGUGAUUUUGAGUCAAGGCAGCUACUUCGAGUAUUACCCUGCAACCACGAAUUUCAUGCAAAAUGUGUGGAUAAAUGGUUGAAGACCAAUCGCACCUGUCCAAUCUGUCGAGCCGACGCGUCUGAAGUUCACCGCGGUGUGGAAUGAGUUCAGGUUUUUGUCCUUCACUGGAAAACAGCACAAAUCCUUGAGUGUGUUCUGUGAGUGGGGACACCUGAUCUCCAGCCAAACGCAAAUCUACCCCCACCCCGCUCCCAACCCCACCUCUACAAUAAGCAAUCUCGGAAUUUGUACGGAACCUGUUUGACCUCUGCUGUGCGUCAUUGUGUGAGUUUCAUGAAAGCUACUGCCGCCUAUAGCCUCUUCCGAGUUCUGGAAUUGUGACCGGGUUUUUUUUUUGGGGUUCUUUUCAUCUUUUUUUUUUCAUUAACCUGCCCUUGUUUCGCAAAUUCCAAAGAUAACCUGUAAUACGUGUUGUGUUGGCAUAUUCGUUUACGCAAUUGAAUAUUCUCUAGUUGUUUGAUCACAGAUAAUUAAAAUCGUGCUUUAGUGUCGUUACGGACUGCGGGAGUGGACCUGGAUGAUGGUGGUUUUUGGCUUUACUGUGCAAUCAGACAAGUUCGUAGGACGCGGCCGCUCCGCCAGUGAACGACCAUCAUAGAUGCAUGUCUGUAUAAGCGAUGGGCUGAGGGACUCGUUAAUAAUCUAUGUUUUGCAAUAAUGUAUUGAUCAUUUGAAUAUCUUAAUCCCGAUUCUCUUUUAUCUGCGAAUGCUGUUGUGAAGGUGUGACUUUCAGUGGUUCAGAGUUCCAAGGAGGUUAAAGAGGGAAAACGUAGACAAAAAGGACUGCAAAAUGACAGACGUGAAUCCAUCGGGAAAAUUCCCGCUGGGCUUUCACCACAGUCGUAGAGAUAUUGUGAAGCAGUGGCGUUUUUGCUGUUUGCUGGCAAGGCCAAUCGGACUGGCCCAUGAGAACACAGGGACGAAGACAGCACACUGCCUCUGCCAGCUCCCACCUGGCUGCACUGCACAACCCCCAUCGAUUCUGGACCGGCCCUCUUCAUCCCGCUCCCUCACACUCCGCUAGAUCCAGGAGAACAUCUCACGGGCCUCGCGCGGACUGUUCUUUUAGACUAGCAAUAUUUGAAUUAAUGAGAUCCACCACAUUUCAGCCUCAAGAGGAACGUCGGGCGGUCUCCGUCUUGCCAUUCUCACACCCGUUGCAUUUCCGACGGAGGCCAAGGAGCUCGCAUUUGCCCGUCCAGAAUGACUUUUUGGGAAAGGGUGGAACACUUUGCAGAAAGCAAUACGUGCAAUGAGUGUGUGAAGUGAACGCAACAUUUGACCUAAUUUUGGAGGACUAGGCUUUUUGUUUUUCCUCAUGAGCCAAAUAAUCAAUAUACUCUACAAGAUUUUAGCUCUGCCUUCUCAAGACCUUGACAAGCACAAACCUGCUACUAAUCUUCAUACAUCCUUUGUCAGUUCCUCUUUUAAAAGUAGACUUUUUUUAAGUGGUGUUAUUUAUUUCUUUCUUUCGAGAGAGUUUUUGAAGGAUUUGGUUGGAAUAUUGAAACAUCUUUAGUGCGUUUUAGUUUGCCUCCCGUUGUCAGGUCUCAGGCCAUGUUCACAGUGUAAAGUGAUGUGAAAGAAAAAACAUUGUAUGCAUAGCCUUGGUGUGAAAGGUUGCAAAUUAUCGUCUUGUUUUUAAGACAAAAGAAUGUUGAAACCCUCUGUAUUUCUAGUUAUGCCCUCUCCUGUGCGCCACUUGACUGUAGUCGUUCCACGAAGAUCCCAGAUAGGAUUCGAAGGGUCGUUUAAAGAAAAAAAAAAAUGCACUGUAAAAUGUUUAACUCGUGGUUCACUCGAUUCCAAAAACAAGCCUGAACUUGAACUAUUUGGGAAUUCUUUUUUUGUUUGUUCCCCAAGUACUUUAAUUAUAGGACUUUUAAAUAUAUAUAUUCAUGAGACGUUUGUCCACUGAAUAGUCAUUGUAACUCAAUGGACACACUGGCUUUCUCGGGUAAAGGGACUCUCUUAAGAGAAUGUGAGAAUCUUGUGUUUGCGUGCCAUGUUUUAAAAAAAGCCAUUGUAAUGAAUUUAAUCCACACUUUUGAUAAGUAAUCUAUAUAUACAUAUCUGUUCACUGGCAUAUAUUUUGAGUAUAACGGAGAAAAAAAAAUCACUCAGGGCCUCUCUGUAAUUGAAAAAUAAAGGAAAACAGUCCAUUUCAAAUGGGAUUGAUGCCAUGGAGAUAUAUUUGGGUAUUCUGGGUUGUUUUCCUCAGGCCAUGCUUAUUUUAAAUGUAAUCAACUUGAACUAAUAUUCCUUUUAUAAAUAGUGGUGAAUAUUAUUCCAUUAUAAGACUGGCAUGCAAAGAAAAAAAAAAGAUGAAGUGACAUGUUGUAUCGAGUGAGAAUAGGCUUUUCGUCACUGCAGCCGAUCAUUAGCGUAUGUUACUCGAACCUGUUUUGCAGCUGUUGCGUUUUUCCGUGUUCUUGUACUUGAACCACACAUAAAGGUUGUAAUACCGUUGAAAAACGUGCCACGGUGCACACUGUCCUACCUAGACCACUUCCAAGACUAUUCUUACAGUGUUUGCAUGAUUUAAGGAUUCAAAAAAAAGAAAAGGAAAAAAAGGUCAAAUAAAAAAUGAAAUCUGUAUUUUCAGUGAAAGAGAUUUAGACGGGUGGGCAAGUAUUUAAUUGUGCAUAAUAUGCAUGCAUGUCUAACCAGGUCCCAACUGGUUUUUUAGGUAGAUCUAGUUGGCUUUGGGUUCUGGGUGUAGAGGACUUUCUGCUCAGCUGAUAACUGCCAUGCACUGUACUGCACACAUUUGUAAUAGAACCGAAUGACUACAAGAUUUUAUUGUGCUUGUACUUGCAAAAGAAAGAAAAAAUAAGAAUAAUAAUAUAGGACAUUUAAAAUAAAUAACAUUAAGCUUGAUGCCAGUGGGAAGUCAGUGGUUUUUUGAAGUGGAAAAAUGUGAUUUGAUAGGCUCCUCACCACAUUUGUGCUUCUAUUGUUGCCUCAGUUACUGACACACUUGCCUGGAAUCUAGAUAAUGGAAAGCCAUAUAGUAAAAAAGGUGCUAGAUAUUCUAUAUUUAGGUGUAAUGCUACAUUCACAUAAGAGAAUGCAAUAGUUUGUUAUGGGUCUCUAUUCAUACAGCAUGCAGUGCUACUAGUACCCUCACGGUGGUCAGAAACAAUUAAUAACAUUAUCAACAGGGGUUUCAAUUAAGAAAAAAAAAGAAAAAUAUUUAGCUUUACUUGUAUGCACUGGUAGACCAUUUUAAAGAAUAAUAUUGUUUUACUGCCCGAGUGAUCAGAUUCAAUACAUCUGCCUUAAUAAAUCAAAGUAGUAGGAGAUUUCGUGUGGGUUGAAAAACACGGCGUUAUCACUCAUUCACCAAAACGGUCAGAAAUAUAUGUACCUGUUGUGCGGUUCUCUCUACCUUGAGCAUCUGUAACUGUUAUGGUUUAAAAAUAAGUUGUUGAUAUACACGCAAGCACUUUUGCUUGGGGUAACCGGCUGUGGGCUAUUUCUAAUAUAUCCUUAUUUAGAUUUAUAAAGGAAUUUUUCAUAAUAACCAAGAUUCCUUGAAAACCUCAGUGUUACCUGUAUUGAAUUACUAAAG